CCCUUUCUUCUCUCCGCCCUCUCCCCCCGUACGCGACGGCGAGUUGGCGACAGCCGGCCAGCGAGCUCCCCGCCUCCCCCCGCCCGCCCUUGCGCCGGCCCAGGACGGGCUUCUCCUCCCACCGCCUGCGCUGAUCUCCCGCGAGAGGGGGCGCCGUCGUCCUCGGAACUGGUAUCGGGCUGUUGGUGAGAAUGGAACCAAAUCAUUCAGCUGAAAUGUCCAAGCAUUUAGACAAGCAAAAUCAAGCCCUAAUGGAAACUUACCGAGCAAUGUCCCAUGAGUUGCAUAGACUUCAGGUGGAAGAGGAAACAAUCAUGCGCAAGCUAUAUGAGCUGAUGUCUGCAGAAGGACUUCUUCCGAAGCGCAAGAAAGAAAGUGAAGUGCAGAAAGCUGGGAGAUCAACCCAGGACAACAAAGAGCUUGAACAGUAGGAUGUUAACUGUGAAUAAUAUUGAUAUGUUACUCAUCUUGAUACAAGUAACACGUUCAGCUGAACUGCUGAAGAAUCAGAUGGUUACUAUCUCCAGGACAUUCUAUCCACACACCUUGGAAUUUCCAAGUAAUGGAUUCAGCAGAGAAUUUUCUAGUUGGCUCUAGAGCUAUCCAAACCGAACAAUUGAAUCUUGGAUCCAAUUAUUAUGUGAAGAGCCAACAGCUGGCGGCACUCAGAAGUUUGUUUUCAUCUGAAAUUUCUAAAUAUUGAGACAAGUUUUGCCGUAGUGCUGGUUGUUCCCCGAUGUUUUCCUAUCCGACUUAAAUUCCUUAUUAUAUGAACUUACAUUCUGUAUAUAAUAUGGCUCUUGUAUCAAGAAAUGUUUAACAUGCCAAAGCAUUAUAAUUUUUUUUCCUUGUAUUGCUCUUUUCCAAUUUCUUCGGGUGGGCACUUCUAUGCUUGUGUAAAGCCCCGUCUUUUUGCUGCUUAUAUU